UAGCAUUAUUAGCACCAGCGCCUCCACGGCAUUUUCACCUCGCCUGCUCGCCACACGUCCCCCGACAAAGAUACCCCAGCACGCACGCACCACGCGCCCACGCCCGCGCCGGCGCGCCGCCGCAGGCCGCACCAGCACGGCCAUCUUCUCCCCGCAAUUCAAGGCGGCCCCGAAGCUCCUACGACCUCCCGGAAGGGCUGCGAGGCCGAGGCGGGCGCGGGAUGUGGGGGCGGCACUACUGGGGCGGCGGCCGGCGGCCAAGCUGGGCGCCCGGAGGGGACGGCGCCGGCGCCGGCGCCGGCGGCGUGGUGGUGAUGUUCGCGUGGCUGUCCAGCCAGGAGCGGCACGUGCGGGCGUACGUGGAGCUGUACGCGGCGCACGGGUGGGCGUGCCUCGUCUGCCACUCCGACUUCCUCACGCUGUUUUUCCCUGAGAAGGCUGCCAUGCUCGCGGACAAGGUGAUUGGGGAGCUUGUCAAGGUGCUGAAAUUUACACCUGUACCUGUGGUGUUUGCAUCGUUUUCGGGAGGGCCAAAAGGGUGCACAUACAAGGUUCUUCAGCUGAUUGAGAGAAGAUGUGAAGGGCAACUAAGCCUGGAUGAGUACCAGCUUGUACGAGAUUGUCUAUGUGGACAAAUUUAUGAUUCAAGCCCUGUGGAUUUUGUCAGUGACUUAGGCACUCGCUUCCUCCUCCAUCCAAGUGUCCUGAAGAUGUCUGAACCUCCUCGUGUCUUGUCAUGGAUGACUAAGGGCAUUGCCUCAGGUCUUGACAUUCUUUUCAUAGACAAAUUUGAAGAACAACGUAAAGAUUAUUGGGAAACACUAUACUCAUCAGUGCAUUUUGGUCCAAUACUAAUACUCUGUUCAGAGGAUGAUCAACUUGCUACAUAUUCAGUUGUUCAAAAUUUUGGCCAGCAUCUGCUAGAGCUUGGUGGUGAUGUGAACCUAAUUAAAUGGCAUAGUUCUCCUCAUGUAGGUCACUAUAAGUUUCAUCCUGAGGAAUACAGAGCUGCUGUGACAGAGCUACUAAAAAAAGCCUCGGUGCUCUACAUGAGCAGAAGACAACUUAAUGGAUAUGAUGUGGGCACGAGUGAACACAGUGACACUCCUCCAUCGACCUCCAAUCUACCCAGAACUGCUGCAAGCUCAGUUGGUAGCAGGCUGAGACGAGCACCAAUCGAUCCAACCGACCAGUUCUUCCUACCGAGCUCCAUGGAGUACCAUGAAAGCAGCGAAGGACCGCAACCAGAGCUGUUUAACAUGCCAAGCCUGGAGAGCUUGAGUCUGCAUGGGGUUCUGGGGCAGGUGCUGUAUGAUGUAUGCGUUCCGAAGAAUGUAGAAGGCUGGGACCUCAAGCCUUCCGCGUCGAUGAAUGGGAGGCACAUCCAUACUGCUGCGUCUCGGCAUGGUAGCUUCAAUCCAAUGAAAUGUGUACGGCGCUCGAGAUUGUGAAAAGUUUUGACUGGAACAUGUGGAUGCAUAUAGGUGACUUGUGUAUACUAUACGAGAGAAUGCUGUUUGGUGGAUGCUGGUGAAACUUGGGAUAGCUAAUUAGCUAUCAUCCAUCGAAUAAAAAGCGAAGCUUGAUUUUGUCAGUUUGCCAA